AUGGAAAAGAUUCAACUAACAAGAAAUAUGAGAGCAAGGACAGAUCCAGCAUUUAGUGAUUUUUUGCUUCGCGUCGGCAAUGGCGAAGAGCAUACAAUAAAAGAUGAUUUGGUCCUUCUGCUAGAACAACUGGUUAUCAAGUCCAAUGGUAAUAUCAGUGGUGAGGAUCGUUUAAUAAGCGAAAUAUAUCCAUCAUUAAAUGAAAAUGGAAGUUGUGCAAAGUAUAUGACAGAAAGAACUAUCUUAGCGAGCAGAAAUGAAUAUAUUGAUCAACUAAAUGAGAUGUUGAUUGUUAAUUUUUCCGGUGAAAGCAAAACAUUUAUCAGUUUUGACUCAGCAGAAGAUGAUACCAACAACUACUAUCAGGAAGAAUACUUAAAUACUUUAACACCAAAUGAUCUUCCACCACACGGGUUGAUUUUGAAGAAAAAUAUACACAUCAUGUUACUAAGAAACUUAGAUCCAUCAAAUGGCUUAUGCAAUGGUACAAGGAUG